ACAGCGCUCACCAUCCAACACUCCUACAACAAUUCUGCGUAUUGCGAGACUUCUUUCAAACGCAUUCCAUAAUGGCGCCCCCAAAGAAGUCUGGAAGGGCACUCCUCAGAGAGGAGGGUGAGUUGGAACUGAAGAUGCUCACCGUCUAUUUUGGUCAAGGCUAACGAUUGUGUACCAAAUAGGUCUUGAACGGACGGAUAAUAAUCUGAGAACGCACUCAUGGCCGGUAAUUCCUAUGAUAAAUCAAAAGAAUUAUUACACGUUUGUGCUUCGGCUUUCUACCUAUUCCACGACUCGGCUAAUAAUUGCGAAGCGAGUACCUCAAGCGCGAAGAGCAGAUCAUGGUGUUUCGCCAGCAGCAAGAAGACUCCCUAAAGGCCCAAGCGGCGUUACUAGAGAAAGAGAAACAGGCAUCUACGGUCGCGGAUCCGAUGGCGAUGGACAUUGAUAGAGGUGCGGAGGAAGGGGAGGAAACGGCAGAACAAGAAGAGGCUCUGGGUAGUAAGGUUAUUGUGAUCCAUACGGGAUCUCAGAAUAUGAGGGUUGGCUUAGCUAGCGAUGCUUUACCGAAAACUUUCCCAAAUUGCAUAGCGAGGAAAGCUGACAAGGCAGAAUAUGAGGAGGAAGAGAGAUGCCCGAAGAGGAUGAAAGUUGCCGAGGAGGAUGAAGAUUCCGAUGAUGAAGGUCCGCAGUUCGGCGAGGAGGUUUGUUGUCGCCUGUUUCUAGUCUUUGGGGAACUUUGGAAUUGACUCCUGCCAUAGUUUGAAACUCAGUUCAACACAAUGUCAAACGAGCUGAAGGUCAGGAUGCGUCAUAACAAGCGCCGUAUUCUUCCCAACUCUCGCGAUCUUGUGCUCUCCUAUAAUCGCCGUACACCCCCGGAGACUAUCAAAGAGCAUAAUGAUCCCUACAGAGUUGAAUGGACGGAUCCUGGGAAGAAUAAGGCCCCGGAUCACUUUGUUGGGAAUGAAGCGCUUAGGAUUCCCGAUAAUUCUAUCCCCCGGUAUCGCCUUUUUUGGCCUAUUCAAUAUGGAACUUUCAAUGAGAGAGACUACCAGUCUAAGAGGAGGCUCUUGGAGGAUAUAUCCGUAAUUCUUGAAGAGGGCAUCGAAAGAGAGCUGAAUAUUGAGAAGAAAGAUUUCAGAUUAUAUUCUGCGGUUUUAGUUGUUCCUGACCUCUACGACAAAAACUACGUCACGGAGAUGCUCAAUCUCCUGCUAAAAGAGUUCUGGUUCGCCCAGGUUUGCAUUAUUCAGGUACAUACACUGGGCUUAUGUGGGUUAGGGUUGUUGAUCUGAUUUGUCAUCACGUAGGAAUCAUUGGCAGCGACUUUUGGAGCGGGUUUUUCGCAAGCAUGUAUUGUGGAUAUAGGUGCUCAGAAGACUUCUAUUUGUUGUGUUGAAGAGGGGAUGUGUGUUGCAGAGUCGCGGUAGGCACCGAGUGAUUGCUUUUUUUUUUUUUGAGACGAAACUAAUAAUAUCUAGUCUAAAUCUUAAAUACGGAGGUCGGGAUGUCACAAUAGCACUAAUGAAGAUGAUGCUGUCGUACUCAUUCCCGUAUCGUGAUAUCAAUUUACAACGCCGCUAUGAUUUCCUCUUGGCGGAGGAGCUCAAAGCAAAAUAUGCGACACUCAACGACUCCGAUAUCAGUGUCCAGGCACACGAUUUCCAUCUCAGGGCUCCUGAACAGGAUACUAAGAAGUACCACUUCAAAACUUACGAUGAAGUCAUGUUGGCACCCUUGGUAAAUAAUCGGCUACCGCUAUUUCUUUUUUUCAAAACUAACAAUACAGUAGACACACUUUAAGCCCACCAUCCUUUCACACGAAGAAAAGCUCACUGGCCGCCGGGGCCUUUGGGAGCGCUCCUACGACCUCUACGAUGGCCAACCCAACGACCCCCUCUCUACAGCCCAACAUUCCCUCUACCAAUCCCUGAUACCACGACCCUCCUCCGCCGGCAACGACUCUACGGCGAAUAUGGGCAUCAUAACCCCUGCCCGUCCCACACUCGCCGGUUUUGGCGGUUUUGGCGCACACUUAACAGCAGCCGAUACAACCCCUCGAUCCUCCAUAGCUGGCUCACCAGCCCCUGAGGGCACUCCCGCACCCCCGGGGACAAUAACCCCGCUCGUCCCUGGUCCUGGUGGUAUUCCACACCCAGGCUCCGUCGGCGCCCCCCCGCCCACUGGUCCAACACCUGUGGAGCAAGCAGAGGACCGCGACCGGGUAGUCCCCAUCAUGUCUCUUGACACAGCAAUAGUGGAGAGCAUAACCCAUGCGGCCAAAGGCGAGGAGAAGAAGAUUAAGGAUUUCCUAGCCAGCAUCAUGGUUGUUGGCGGUGGCUCACUGGUCUCGGGAUUCAAUCACCAGCUCGAAGAGCGCAUCCGUACAAUCAAACCGAGUAAGGAGUAUCAGAUCAUUAUUGGCGUCCCGCCUAGGGAAUUGGACCCCAUGGUCAUCGUCUGGAAAGGUGCGAGUGUGUUUGGGAAGUUGAAGAUGAGUAACGAUUCGUGGAUUCGGCAGAAUGAGUAUGAUAUGCUCGGGAGUAGGCUCUUGACCUACAAGUGUUUGUGGACUUUUUGACUGAAUUCGUUUGGCGACGGGUGGAUCAGGCUAGGGGAGAAUUUGGCUCCGUUUGUUGGGGGCCUACGGGGAACUAUCUAACGCCAUUUGUCAUAGUGUGGCUUGCGUGCGUGUGGGAGAACCGGGGUUGCGGAUGGGUUUACACACUCUAAGUAUCAUGACCUAGAUACUUUCCGAUUUUUCUUUUUCUUUCUCUUUCCUUCCCUCUUGGUGAAUACCUUGGCUGGGGUCGGAUGAGUUGAUUCCCGUGAUCACACGAGCCCCCCCAAACCGGGAUAUGUAUAUAGUUGGUUGCGAGAGUUUUUUUGUGUGGAUCGCACAUUUUAUUGUGUAGCGCUCACUGCGAUAUGGGCAGGCGACGUUAGUAGAAAUAGGAUAACUUACAAGAUACCUCACCUUC